AUGAGUGCACCGCAGCUCGACGAACUCCAGUGGAAAUCUCCAGAAUGGAUCCAGUCCUUCGGACUCAGAACGGAUAAUGUGCUCGAUUACUUCGCAGAAUCGCCCUUUUUUGACCGCACUUCCAACAACCAGGUCGCCAAAAUGCAGCAGCAAUUCGCCCAACCACGUCCCGCUGUACAUGUGGCCGCUGCGGGCUCUGACAACUCCACUGGCGACCCUGAACAAGACCCCCACCGUCGCCGCAUCCUAUCCACCUAUAUGGUUCACGCAUUGUGGGAUGCUGAGUUGCGCAAACUCAAGGGCGUCGAAUACGUGUUGGCAUACGUGCGCGAGCCCGAUUUUUGGAUCAUUCGCAAGCAAAAUCGUACCACACCCACCUCUGCCACGCCUCUGCAAGACUACUUCAUCAUCGGUGCCAACGUAUACCAGUCGCCAGCCGCAUUCAAGAUCUUACACAGCCGGCUGUUGUCUGCAAACCUGCAUUUGUCGCAUGCACUCGCAAAUCUGCGCCGCAUGAGUCGGUUUGAGCCCUCACAAGGCGGCAGUUUCGCUGCUACGGCCUACCACACCACGCCCACGGUUCCUCACACUGCUAGCACAGUCUCAAGCUCUACUAGCGGACCCAAUUCCGCUGCCAAUACCGGUCCAACUACGGCAAAUGCACAAUCCGUGCUAACGAGCUCGGCGGACCCGGGAGGCGCCGCAGGCGCCCACCAGGCCGCCGUAGACGACGCACUCAUGGAUAAACUACUUGCUAUAAGCAUGAAAUCGACUCCCGUUUACCUGUAA